CACAUCUUCACUGGACUUUCUCCUCUGCAUCCGAUAAACUCGAAGCUUUAGUCCAGGACGGACGAUUGACCUUGGAGACUGUUUGUGUCGUCUUGUGGGUUUACUUCCAGUUGCAAUGAGAAUAAAACAGUAAAGCUCAAUUUGUUGACAUCAUUGUAGAAUAAACACCAUUAAACUGAAAUAAUACCUCUAUAUAUCACGUUUCUGCAUUUUCAACAUGGCUUCUUCAUUAUAGGCACCAUAAUCAGUGUUGAGUUACUGACAGAAUUUGCAUCUCUAUGGUUUCCCUAUUGUAUUGUGCCAGUCACCGAGACAGAUGACCCUAUAGAUUUUCCAGCUUUGGUGUCCACUGGUCUUUGGACCCGAUAACCAGUGACUGACAGCUGCUUCUCCUUUUGUAACCAUUUAUAAAUCAUGCACAGGGUGACCGACAAUCUAUCAGUAUGAUGAUUUAAGUUGAAGCAAAGUUCAUUUUUUUAUUUCUGUGCAUCACUUUGAGGUAUAAAGUUGAAUGUGUGUAAUCUGCCUGUGUUAAAUUACUUACCCCCCCAGGAGUUUCUGAAUGUUAAGUGUUAUGUUUCACUUCCGGCGUCCAUUUGGACCGAUAAGGCUGUCACACGAGUAACUAACGGACAUGUUUUACACCGAAACCAGUGACUUGGGCAGCGUUAAUCGUUAGACGCCUUACCAAUUACAUGAGAGAUGACCUGUUGUGUCGGCAGAUUCGCACUCAGAUUGCGCGCUGUUGACUGUGACUUAUCUGUGUCUGUGUGUGUGCACAGUCUCCCCACGAGGCCAGGCACAAGACGCACCCAAGAUGCCGGACACAAUGUGUCAUGUCCAAGGAGCCCUCUUCCAACCUGGAGAGCGCCAUGCAGAUGCUCAUCAAAACCUUCCACAAGUACUCAGGAAAGGAAGGUGACAAGUACACUCUGAGCAGGGGCGAACUCAAGGAGCUGCUAAUAGAGGAGCUGGGCAGUUACCUCGGGAACUCCAAAGACAACGAAGCGGUAGAAAAGGUGAUGAACGACCUGGACGCCAACAACGACGGCGAGGUGGACUUCACAGAGUUCAUCAUCCUGAUGGGGGCCCUCACGGUCGCCUGCAACGACUUCUUCCUGGAGUACAAAACGGACGACAAGAAAGAAGGCGAGUCGGCACAGAAGUAGGGUCGAAACUGAGCGACGGGGAAACAGGAGGAGAGGAGAAGGAGGGGAACGAACUCUAAAAUCUGGUGGCUUCUAUUUUUUCUCUCUCUCACUCCUUUUUAGUGCAGUUUCUAAACACUGCAAAUACAAACGGGCAAAGAUGUCAAACAGCUAGUUUCUGGGUGCACAAAACACGUGGAAUUCACUGAGAGGACUGUUAUUCAUACCAAAGCUAAUCCGGAUCAAGUUCCACYGAGCCACUUCACACAUACAACAGGGUCCAUUUCAACACAGAUCAACUCAAAUGUCUGUUUUUUUUUUCCUAGCUUUAAGACACUGGAAAAAAAAUGGAGUUCUUCAGAAAUGAAUGUCUGAGUGCUUCUUGCACAUGAAUAAUUUGUGAACAUAUAUACAGUUUCAGAUCAUCAUAAAUAUUGUAUGUAGUCAGUGUUAAAAAAUAGGAGAUCUUGCACCUAUUUUGUAAUCUUUUUUUUUUCAGAAAUAACCAAUGUUUAAACAUAUUAAACGUCACAUUUAACCAACAACUACUGGCUGUUUAUUUGGUUUUCAGGUGUAAAUAAAUGUGUGUAUAAACUUG